AUGGAGAGAAUCAAUAAAAUUAGAAGACACAAUCAGCAAAGGUAAUUUAAGAAAUAAGUAAGAGAUUCCAUCAUAAAACAGUUUGAAGACUAGAAUAUUGAAGUAGACUCGUAGAUUUCAUUAAGAGAUCUUGAUGGAUUAUUUCUUGGUGCAGGAUUUGAACUGACAAAAGUCCAAUAAAAUGAGUUGUUUCUCUUAAUGGAGGCUGGAAGGAAAUUCAAUUAUGACAAACUAAGGAAGUGGGCCUAUACUAAUGCUAAUUUCCUAAUCAAAUCAGAUGGAAAAGUCAGACAGAUUUCUAUUUCACCUCCAAGAGCACAAUUUAGAUCUAAGACAUUCAAAGCAGAAAAAAGUCUAAUUGAUAGUCCUCAUAAAAGAGUCAAUCCUUAUGAGAAUCUUAAAUUGUCACCUCAAGCUUAGAAAAGAUAUAUGUCCCCAGCAAAACUAGUGACUGGUGAGAAAUUGAAAUUUACGGCUAAAAUGCUAUAAUCUAAUCUAAGUAAGUGGACAAUGAAGAUACUGAGAAAGUAGGAGGAUCAUUUUGAUGAAGAUGAAGAGAGGAAUGACAGGUAAUUAGCCAAUAAGUUAGUCUCGUUUCCGUAACCUAUUUAUGAAGAAUUUAAAUCGUUUCAAUAAUUAAACAAAAAGAAAUAGUAGUUGAAUAAAACAUAGGACGAUAUUUAGAGUAAAAAUGAUUAAAUUUCCUAAAAAUAACGAAAUCUAAGGAAGACAUUUAUGAGGACAACAAAGCUAAAUUUCAAUCUUGGAGAAGCUAAUCUUGAUAGUAUAAUAGAAGACUAGCCUUAAAAAGAGGCCAAGUAAAGAAAGCAAAGUCUUGGUAAUCUACUUAAUGUAACCUAUACACAUAUGAAACAAGACUCAUUAAAGUCUGAACUAAAAAUAAACUAAAAAAAUUAUGAAAACUCUGAUAAUGAGUAAGAAAGUCAAUAAAUGAAGGUAUAGAUACUUAGCAAAAAUCUUAGAAAAACAUUCUAUGACACAAUGAACUAGACAUUUUUCACUGAAACAAAUACAAAUUAGGUAGAUCAUGAAGAUGAUUAUGGAGCUAAAAUAUCAUAGCUUAAUAUCACAAAUCAACUAAAAUUAUUAAAAAACUAAUUGAAUAAUUAGUUCCAAGAUUAUCAGCCUGCCAAGAAAAAGGAGCAGAAGGGAGAUUUGGAUUAAAAUAGAAGAAAUGAAAGAAUGAAUAAUAUAAGGCUAAAGUCAGAACGUUACUUACAGGAAAGAUCGAAAGUUUUACAAGUGUAGAAUAGAGUAAAAGAUAUAGCAUAAUAAAACAGAGAACAUAACCAAAAGAUUCAGUUUCAAAGAAAUUAGAUUAACUAGGUCUUAGAUGUUAUUUAGAAAAAUUAAUCUGCAGAAAUACUAUUGAAGGAGGCAUUUGAGAAGGUUAAUCUCAAUAAUAUACUUGCUGAUAAAUCUAAAGUAAAAGACUAUUAAACUUAGGUUAUUGAUAGAUUAAGAACGAGUAAAUCUAAAAAAGAACGUGAUAUUGAGGCAAAUGUAUAGUAUAUGGCCUCGUUAUAACCCACUGCUAUUGGAAUGCAUAGGUUCACAAAAGUGAUGAGAAAAGAUAAAGUCUUUGAAAGCUAAAAUGGGUAUAAAAUAGUAUCUAAAAUUUAGACUCAUAAAGAUAAAGAGAGAGUCGAAUAUUUACUUAAUUUUGAUCUUUCUCGCAAUUGA